AUGGGCCAAGAUGUCACCGUUAAAACCGAGGCUCACCAAUCUCUUUUGGGUAGCCUCAUGAAGGACAAACUAUCUAAGCGGAAAUCGCCUUUGGUUGCAGAGGCAUACUACUCUGAGGCCAUCACCAUUUUACGAAGCCUCCCGAAGACAACACACCCAGUUUGGGCCACCUUGAAGAGCCAACUGAAAAAAACCAAACCAUCUAAGAAAUCAAAGUCAGCGCUUCUAGGGGAUCUUGAAGCAGCCUGCGCAGAAGAGGAUUUAGACUGGGAAAAACUCGAUCCCAUUCAGAGAGCCUGCAGGGAUGAACCACUGGCCAUAGAUUUGACGAAAUCUACGACUCUUCUAUACAAGCUUAUGGGUGCUUUUCAUACGGAAGAACCAUCUUUCUACGAUGGAGUCACGACCCAUUACAAAGCCCUUGCUCUCGAUGAGGAAUUAGCCAACUCAAUCUUUCUUUUUAUGACAUUGCUCGUGCUUUUCCAACAGAACGCUAACGAUCACAACAAACUCAUGCUGUAUCCCAUGCUACAGUACAUGUUUCUGGACGUGAAAAGCCUUCUGGAGACGAAAAGAGGAACCCCUACAAUUCGCCAGUUUAUGAAAUCCUUGAUGGCUAAGCCUGCCGGUAGUAGCAGCGGAGACGACGACGACGAAGUUGGUCAAGAGGAAGAACGGCCAACCAAGAGACGACACUGCAUCAAGAUUGAGAGAUCUGAAUAG